AUGACAAUUUUAGAAUGCCCUCUGUGCUGUGCUGAAAGGUUUACUGACAUUUGCUCUUUGGAGAGCCAUUUACUUGAUAUUUGUGAAAAUAUAAUUUGUCCUGUUUGUGAAUUACAAUUUCAAACUAUAAAAACCUUAGCUUGGCAUUUGGGGCAGGAAUGCAACAUUCUGUCAAAGCAUCUCCCUGACAUGGCAAACAAAAAAGGAUUGAAUCCUACCAAGUGUCAUACAAAGCCUAGAUCAUUAAUUAAGGAAACAUCCAAGAAUGUUGAAAAUAAUACUAAAAAUAUUAGUGAAGAACUAGUCAUCAGGGGUGAAGUUCCUGGAGAUGAUAAAAUUAUUGAAAACAACAAUGAAUUUUUGAAAGUUAAAGAUUCCUCAUUUAAUGUUGUUUCUGAUGAUAAUAUUACUGAAAUCGAAUCCAGGAGUGUUUACGAAGGGUGUAUAGAAGAUAAUAGAGAAUAUUCUGCUUCUUUAUACAGCUGUUCAGUCUGUGAUAUUACUUUUUCUUCUGUAAAAGAACAUUUAAAUGAAUUCCAUAAAUAUGAAAAUGUAAUAUUUGAUAACAAUACAAAUGAAGACAUGGGUGAAACAAAUAAUGAAAAUUUAGUCGACAGUAGUGUAAAUGAGGCUUUUCCGAAAAAUUCAUCAACAUGGGCCCAGGAAGAAGUCGCCAAUUUGAUGAUUGUUAAUUGGGAUUCCAAAAUUGAUAGUUUGGUAAAAGCUGGACCUGGUGUUUCUGAAAAUCCUUGUAUGGAAUCUGUUUCUAAUGGUGAUGAAAAGAUUAUGACUUCUAAAGAAUAUUAUAUUUCCAAUUCAGAAGAAACUGAAGAACCUAUUGAUAAAACAAACAUUUCAACAAAAGAUGAUAAAAUGAUAAAUGAUACAGUAAACAUAAGUAGUGUUUCUAGGCUAGAUGAGGAAUGGCCUGAGUUAUUGAAGAAGUAUCCAGUAGCAACAUUUGUCGAGUGUAAUGAAAUGGUUACUGAUAAAAACGUUGGUUAUUUAUGUGAAAACAAACCUUACGUAUUUAACGAGCAUCGUGUAAGACUUCUUAAAUUUAGUCAGAAAAUGGAUCCUCCAAAAAUUGAAGAUAUCCCAUUUCCUGAAGAACCUCCUGAUUUCAUCGAACCAAUUCUGCAACUAGCUGAUGAUGUUCCUCAAGAUUUAGCUGGUUCAUACGCUGUUCUGUGGCCUUGCCAUCUCUGCGGUGCAUUUGUCUACCAUUGGUCUGACCUCGCAAAACAUUGUUGUAGCUCUUCUCCAAAAUAUUAUCCUUGUACCAUUUGCAGGAAGUCCUUCCAAACUCGAAGGAGUUUGAACAAUCAUUAUUCUGUGGUUCAUAAAAUUAUACAUUCAUCAGGUGGAUGUUUUCCAUGUCCUCUUUGUCCCGCAAAGGUACAGACCUCUUCACAUUUGGAGAAACAUUUAGCGAUGCACAGGAAAAAUGAUCUGAUAAAAUGUGAUCUUUGUGAGAGUAUGAUUCAAAGGUCUACUUAUUCUGAUCAUUUGAAGGCACAUGGAACAAAUGGAACUCUUAGUUUAGUUUGCCAAUUAUGUAACCGACCUUUCAAAGGAAAAAGUGAGCUUGAGUUACAUAUUCCACAAUGCCACUUGAAGUAUAAUGAAUCAGAUAAUCUUAAAUGUCAAAAAUGUAAGUUAAAUUACGAAGAUUUACAAACACUUCGGGAACAUCUGGUUUCUCAUGGCAUUUCUAUGAAGCCUCACCUGUGUGCCUUCUGUCCGAAAUCAUACAAUCGUCUUAUUGAUAAGGUUAUUCAUGAAAGAGUGCAUACCAGGAGCAAACCACAUUCCUGUAAUGAAUGUGGUCGAUGUUUCAGGCUUCGAAAUUCUCUUGUCGCACACAUGAGAAUCCAUUCUGGAGAACGCCCUUUUAAAUGUUCUUUUUGUAAUAAGUCAUUUCGAACAAAACAUCUUCAAAGAUCUCACAGUUCUACUCAUUCUGGAGUAUUUCGAUACAAGUGUAAUUAUUGUAAGAAACAGUUUCAGUCUAAGAGUAAAGUUGAAGCUCAUGAGAAUUCCCAUAAAAAGCCAUUUGUAUGCCUUGAGUGUAAAAGAAUGUUUUAUUCCCUCCGUUUUGUGAAGAAGCACAUGGACAAUCAUAAAAAUGGUCAGCUAAAUUAUACGUGCAAUAUGUGCCCUAAUAUGUUCACAAGAGCGGCAUAUCUUGAAACUCACCUAAGAACAAAACAUGGCCUCGAUACAAAGACUUCUAUUUCUAUAUCGACUCAGAAGAUUUACCAACAGAUGGAAGGCAUUUGUGGCCCCUUUGUGUUUCUUUUCGUCAUAUUAUGGAUCUUCUUAGAAUAUGGAAUUUGA